GGGUGAGGGGCAGGUGCUCAUUGAGGACACGACCAACACACUUAUCUCAAAAAGGGAAAAUCCUUGUCAAACAAUUCACAUUUAUUUAUUUUACGACGUUUUAUUUUGUGAUUAUUUUAUGAAGAUAUGACCUGUAAGGCACUGAAAAGGCGCGAGCAAGCAUUGAGGCAGAGGACACACUGAGUGGUUAACAGUUUGCAGUCAGUAUUAGCAGUAGUUAAGUCCGUGCAGUGCUGAGCCUCGAGCCAAACCAAAUCUGAGCUGCUCCUGUUGGUUCACAAACACCGGAUUACUCCUCGGGAAGUGGAGACGGAACGGUAGGAUCAAAUUAGAAGUUUUUGAACCCAGUAUGGAAAGUAUGCUGGACAAUCUCUCAAAAAAUGCGUUUGUCAGCAUUUGUGUUCAGGAUCCAAGAAUUCUCAAAGCUGACCUCUGGCACACACACGUCGACUACGAGAUUUGUUUAUAUACUAACAGCAUGUGCUUUCGAAAGAAGACUUCCUGUGUCAGGCGGCGUUACCGAGAGUUUGUUUGGCUGCGUCGUUGUCUGGGACAGAAUGCUCUGAUCAUGGACCUACCCAAGUUGCCGCCCUGGAACCCUUUCUUCAGUCCAAAGAACACAGAGCAGGUCUCGCAGAGGAUGAGGGGCCUCCAGCAGUUUUUAGAAAGUGUUCUUCAGACACCUUUACUGUUAUCGGACAGUCGACUCCAUCUGUUCCUCCAGUCAGACCUCAGCAUCACAAAGAUAGAAAAGUGUGCUCAUGGCAAGUCCAGGUACACUGUGGCUGAAGCCAUACAGCGCACCAGCAGCGGCUACAUCAGCGGAUUGGAGGACAAGACCUCCUGUGACUCUGACUGUGAAAGCUCUUCUUCAUCUGGCUUGGGACUGAGUGUGGACACUUCAGUGCAAGAAAGCCCCGUCCCCUUCUUGGAGUGCUCGGACAGAGACUCAGAGCUGUUCAGAACUCCCCAUCCUGCUCAUUGCACCCUGACGCACAGCAGUUGUGCUUGAUCAAUGUGUUGAUGACACUCCAUGGAGCUCUUGCUUUCUUGGUUAACUCCCAGAGUGAAAUGCGUUGUUUUACCCUGUUGUUAACUGGAUUAUUCCCCUCAGACAUUUGUUGUUUUAAUAGUUUGCUUUAGUUUUCUCUUAAAGCAACACCAAGGUUAUUUAAUUUAGUGUGUACUUGAAAAAAAUAUUAUUUUUAAAAAGUUAUUGUAAACCUACAUUUAUAAUGGUGAAUUCUUAAAUAAUAUUUAUUUUUAUCUGCAUUAAAUCUGUAAUAAGGUUAGCAAGGGAUGAGUUUUGAGUUGUAGACAGUUUUUUUUUUUUUUUUUUUUAGAAAAAAUAUUUGAACACUUAUGAGCUGUUAAUUGAUGAAUAAAUUGUUAUUUUUAA